AUGCGUCGGUUUCCUCAACAUGAAAAUGUCGAACUUUCCAGCGACCUUGACGUGAGGUCUGCUGUGAGCGAACCUUUAGCGGACAAUCUCGAUGAAAGCCGAGCUGUGUCGGCCUUUCCAGAUGGUGGACGGCAGGCAUGGACAUGUUUACUAGGUUCAUUCUUAAUGAUGUUUCCCUCUUUUGGUUUCCAGACAGCCGUUGGGUCGGUUCAGGACUAUAUUAGCACUCAUCAACUCUCCGAAUAUAGCGUCAGUGAUGUCGGUUGGAUCACCGCCGUGCUGGUCUUCCUGACCCUAUUUCUGGGCGUCCAAGUCGGCCCGCUAUUCGAUCGCUACGGACCUAGAAUCCUCUUGAUCUGCGGAUCCCUUGGCAGCUUUACAUCUUAUAUUCUGCUAGCACAAUGCUCCGAGUAUUGGCAUUUCAUGCUAUGUCUGGGAGUCCUUGGAGGUGUAUCUGCCGCAGUCAUCACUACCGUAUCGAUCGCCGUUCUCAGCCACUGGUUCUAUCGCCGACGUGCCCUUGCAUCCGGCAUCUGCAUGGGCGGAUCGUCGGCAGGCGGUGCUAUUAUUCCAUUACUCCUACGAACCCUGCUUGCCAAGUACGGCUGGACCUGGGCGAUCCGAGCGAUCGCAUUCAUAGCACUGGGGUGCUACACGUUCGGCUUCGCACUCGUUAAAGGCCGUCUGCCUGCUAGUACCCAAAGCCGAACGACGAUCGACCUACGGGCGUUUAAAUCGCCCCGUUUAUGUUUCCUGGCUGUCGGCGUUUUCUCCUUCGAGUUCAUUAUUUUCGGCUGCGCAGCACUCCUCCCGACGUACGUCCGUUACGCGGGGCUCUCGCUCGACGUCCAGUUCUAUUCCCUCACGGUCCUGAACGCUAUGAGCUUCCUCGGGAGAGUCCUCCCCGGCUUCGCUGCCGACCUCGUCGGUCGAUUCAAUAUCCUCCUGUCAUUGGUAAUCAUGACCCUCAUUGUGAUGGCUGCCGUGUGGUUACCGUUCGGGUCACGCGACGACGCCACGCUGUAUGCGGUGGUGGCUAUCUUCGGGUUCGGUUCGGGCGGCUGGCUCUCGCUGGCGCCGGUGUGUGCAGGCCAACUGUGCAAGACCGAAGAAUAUGGGCGAUUCUACGGCACGAUCUACUGUGUUGCUGCAUUCGGUGUCCUGCUUACUGUUCCGGUUGGGGGAGAACUGCUCCAGUCGACUACGCCGCAGGUGCUUGUUGGGUUUUAUUCGGCGGUUUUGUUGAUGGGACUGGUAAGCAUUGCGUUAUCUAGAUGGGCUCUUCUGGAUUGGAAGUGGAGAUGGAAGGUUAAGGUGUAG